AUGGCGACCGGUGUGGAGCGGGUGUAUUUGGAGUUGGAGCUCAUCAAUAUUGAACAACAAAUGCUUAUAUUGCGAAUGAUGAGGCGCAGGCGACAGAGAAGACGUUUGCGGAGGUGGUCCGUGCGACCACUAAACCGGUCAAGGCUGGAAACGGGUGAAUUUACAACACUKGUUCACCCACUGAGGGACCUGGAUGAACAAAUGCACUUUCGAUACUUUCGAAUGUCAACGGGGCGAUUUGACGAGCUUCUUCGCCGUAUACAGCCAUUAAUAAUGCACCAGACAAAGCACAGCAUGCCUGUUGAUGUCGCCCAGAGACUGGCAGUGACGCUGAGAAUUUUAGCCUCGGGUGGAAGCCAGCAAGCUGUGGCGGCUAGCUACAAACUGGCGUCGAGCACUGUGUCCAUCAUUUUGUCGGAGGUCUGCAAAGCAUUGUGGACAGCGCUUCAGCCCGAGUUUUUGCCAUGUCCUUCAACCAAACAAUGGGAAGCCAUGGCAGCAGAUUACUGGCGGCUGUGGAACUUCCCAAACUGCGUUGGAAGUCUCGAUGGUAAACACGUUACCAUAAAAGCGCCGCCAAAAGCAGGGAGCGACUACUUCAACUACAAAGGGGCUCACUCCAUUGUGCUGAUGGCAACAUGCGAUUCCAGAUACAAUUUCACAAUGGUGGACGUGGGAGGAUAUGGAAGAGAGAGCRAUGGUGGCAUUUUCAAAGAGAGCAAGUUUGGGUCGAUGCUGCUCGGCCACAAGCUCAACCUGCCCCCACCAGCUGAACUUCCAGGAACUGGAGUCCAGAUCCCCCAUGUCAUCGUUGCUGAUGCUGCCUUUCCCCUGCACUGCAACUUGAUGCGUCCCUUCCCAGGAGUAGGCAUGAACAUGGACAAGCAGGUCUACAACUACCGCCACUCCAGGGCCAGGCGGGUAAUUGAAAAUACAUUCAGCAUCAUGGCUGCACGGUGGCGAAUUCUUGGGAGACCAAUAGAGUUUCGGCCUGAAAAAGCUGUGGAUGUCGUCAAAGCCUGCGUGGUCCUACACAAUUACCUCACCUACACAGAUGAGGUGAGCCCCCCAGACAGCAGAUACAUCCCGCCGCAUUUUGUGGACACCGACAGUUGUGGAUCAGUGCAGCCUGGCGAGUGGAGAAAAGUGGUGGCCAAUGACCCGAACUUCGUCGAAUCUGUGGAUCCCACACUGAUGUCCAGGGCCCGCUCCACCAGAGCGGCAUUGGCUAUUCGGAGUGACCUGAUGGCUUUCUUUCAGUCACCUCAAGGAACCGUGCCAUGGCAAAAYGAGAUGGUGUCCYGGGGCACACUCAAUAAGUGA